ACCUCUUUAGUUCAAAACCAGGCAAACCCUAACCCAACAGGUUCACGCUAACAUAUCAAGUCAUCCCCACAAGACCUGUUUCUUCUAAAUUCUCAAUCUUUAACUUCUUUCUCGAAUGUCGCCGGCGGCAGUGGAAAUGCGAUCGCCCUCCACUUCUGAACCAAAACCCUCAUUUCUCCGAAACCCUAACCCUAGUUUCCCUGUAUUUUCUCAAAGCAACCAUCCGGAAACCUUGCAGCACGGCGUGGAUUCUUCGGAUUCUGUUUCCUCGAGCUUCGGAAAUGCAGCAGUCUUCAAUUCGGGUCUUGGUUUUGCUUCGCAGAAGGCAUCGGGGCGGACCCGGCCGAGGCUAGUCAAGGUGAGGAAGCAGCUGGGGAGGACAAAGAAUGUACCGAGUGAGGCAGGAUCGGGUUUUAACCCUUUUGUUCAAUUGAAUAGUGGAAAUGAUUCUGUUUGUAGUUCUGGUAGUGGUUUAUCAAAGGGAUUUAUGGGGGGUUUAGAUGGAGUGAUUAAUAAUAACAAUGAUAAUGGCGAUAAUAGUUUCGUGUUUGGAGCUAAUGGGAGUGAUGCUGCCGCGGAUUCUGGGGUGAGGGUAUCUGGUGGGAACACUGGGCCUGAGAAUGGGAAUGAGUCUUUUAGCAAGUUUAAGAAUGUGAGUUUUGUAUUGGGAGCUGAUAAGAAAGAUACAGCGGCGAAGUUGUGCAGUAAGAGGAGGCUGUUUGGCAAAAAAACUGGGAAAUUUGGUUCCAGUAGUAAGAUCAAGACAAAAGCAGGCUCUGAAGCACAUGCUGGGAAGUUUGGCUUCGUUUCUGGUGUUAAUGGGAGUGAGGCAAGAUGGAAUCUGAAUGGAAGAACUGGAGAAUCUAGUGACAUAAAGGUGAAUAUGCAUUCAGAUAUUGGUGAGAGGACAAAGUUAGAGACUGAAGUGGAGUGUGGUAAGGAUAGCAAUCCAGCUUUCGUUUUUGGUGCAAAUAAGAGUAACUUAGCAAUGAAUUUGGAUUCAGAGAAGGGAGAGCCCACUGAAACAGUUAAAAAGGCAGAUUUUAAUGGUUUCCCUUUUGUAUUUGGUGCUAAUCAGAGUGAUUUGAAGCCAAUUUCAACGUCUGAUAACAGUGAAUCCGCUGGAGUGUUGAGUGGUUCAAGUUUUGAAUUUAGUGUUGGUUCUUCUGAGUCUGCUUCAAGUUUUUAUGUGGAAAGGAGAGAGAAAGGUGAAAGUUUUGGAACAUCAGUACCUCUUGGUCCAGGGAAGACGGAAGUUGAUUAUGAAUCAGAGAAAGUGAAAGUUACUCCAGGUGCUUUAAAUUCUAAUGGCAAUGAGAGUGGGAAUAAAGAUUAUGACAAUGGAUUCUGUAUAUUUGGUAGUGGAAAUAAUGAAAAUUACCAUUUCAAUGAAUUUAUGAUGGCAAAACACAAUGUUCAUGAAAAUUCUCCUAGUGAUAGUUGUUCUAAGGUGGCUUUUGAAAAUAAAGAUAAUAUUUGUGGUGCUUCCAGUAAAAGCUCAGUGUUUAAACUGGGAGAUGAUAUGGAGAAACUGGAUAUCUGUGGUGACAAAACUGUUGGUGGUGUCAGCAUGACUGAAGAUCCACAUAAGAAAGCCAAUUUUGACUCUGUAUUUGUGUUUUCAUGUGGCAAAAAGGCAUCAAUCUCUUCCAACAGAAGUUCUGAAACUACUCAUGAUGUGAGACCAAAGAUUGUUCAGGGUAAUGAUGUUGGGAGAACUUCUGAGUAUCAUUCCAAUAAUGUCAAUAUAGAAUCUGUUGAAUUUGGCAAUAAUUCUACCAUAGACAGUGAGAAGUUUGGAAUUACAGGUUGCAGCCAAUUUAUAUUUUCAGCUGGUAAUAACAAGAGUUCUGAUGUUGAGCAGUUUUCACAAGGUUAUGUUAGGGAAGAUACAGAGCUAGAAGUAGCUGCUGCUGCACAAUCAUUUUCAUCCUGUGGUAUGGGCUCCCAGCCAAAUGGUAGCAGUUUUAAAGUGCCAUCUGUAGCUGGAGUUGAUAGGAAAAGUGGCUGCUCUACUAGCAAUCCAGAGGUAUCUGGAGUCUUCUCUAGUGAUUUCAAAACUCCUCAGUGGGAUCCAUCAUCCUUCAUAUUUCCUAAAGUAAAUAGUAAAGUGGAAUUUGGUGUAAAAAGUAGCUUAAUGAAGGGCAGAAGAUCAAAGAAAACAAAGGGAAAGUUGUCUUGCCUCCAUAAGCAUGGGUCUAAGGAAGAUCAUAUGCGAAAUAAAAGUGGUACUGAAGACAAUCCAAACUCGUCUGAAUGUUAUUCACCCAUGGAUUUUUCUCCAUAUCAGGAAAAUGAAGCAGUUGAUCAUUUAUCUGUGGAAUCAAGUGAUACCUCCCACUUGGACAGUAAGUCCAAGGAUGAAUACAUGGCCACUUCUGAAGAGAUACAUGGUACUAAUGUUAAUGAGAAAUGCAGUAAGCCUCUGGAGGAAAGAUUCUUUGGAAGUGAAUUUCCUUCAAAAGGGUCUACUGAUGGAGCUGACAGUGCCUGCUGCAGUGGUGCCAGUGUUGCUGCAGCAGAAAAUGGAAUUGGCUUGAAUACAGAGAGCCAAGAAAGCAAUCAUACAACAAAGUUUUGUUUUGCUUCAGGUUUGGAGGAUGAAAGACAUUUUACUUUUUCAGCAUCAUCUUCUUUACGGGGCAGUUUUUCAUUGAAAAAACGUCUUCUCCGAAAGAAAAAUAAGGUUAAAACCAACAAUUCUUCAUUCAUUAUCACUCCAAGACCAAAUGUUGAGUCAGGGUCGUCCUCUGUACAGUUUUCACCUUGUGCAAACACUUUGGAUGUGGAACAGAGUCAACCAAAAGAUAAAUCUACUUGCCAAAGCAAAGGGGGUGAUGAACAGGAACCAAACGGACAAGUUGAACAAGGGUCUAAGUCUUACAUUGCUACAGUUGAGGCAGCGUGUGAAAUGUGGCGAUUAAGGGGAAAUCAUUCUUAUAGAAAUGGUAACCUGGCGGAAGCUGAGGAUUAUUACACACAGGGUAUUAAUUCUGUUCUUUCAAAUGAGGCUUCAGGAUGCUAUAUCAAGCCUCUCGUGCUUUGCUACAGCAAUCGUGCAGCAGCACGAAUAUCGCUUGGAAGGUUGAGAGAAGGUUUAGCUGACUGUUUGAUUGCUGCUGAUCUUGACCCUAAGUUUCUCAAAGUUUAUGUCAGAGCAGCUAAUUGUCAUCUUGUGCUUGGAAAUAUUGAAGACGCAGUACAAUACUUCAAUAGGUGCUUGGGUUUGGCAGCUGAUGUCUGCCUGGAUCGCAGAGUUACAGUAGAUGCUGCUGAUGGCUUACACAAGGCUCAGAAAGUUGCUGAGCUCACAAAUCAUUCUUCAGUACUUUUGGAACAAAAGACAUCUGAUGCAGCAUCCAGUGCAUUAGACAUAAUUGCUGAGGCCUUGUCAAUCAGUUCAUGUUCUGAAAAACUACUUCAAAUGAAAGCAGAGGCUUUGCACAUGAUAAGGAAAUAUGAGGAGGCAAUUCAGCUUUGUGAGCAAACUCUUUACAUUGCUGAAAAGAACUCUAUUGAAGUAGGCACUGAAAACCAUAUAGUGAACAUGGAUGGUUCUGGAUGUUACUCACAUGCAAAGCUAUGGAGAUGGAACUUGAUGGCGCAGUCCUAUUUCUGUAUGGGAAGACUUGAGACAGCACUGGAUUUACUUCUGAAGUUUGAGAAUGUGGGAUCUAUGAGGACCAAACCUGGAAGUAAGAUUUUGGAAUCGUCAGUUUCAUUAGCUGUUACCAUUCGUGAACUUCUACGCCUUAAGAAUGCGGGUAAUGACGCGUUUCGUUCUGGAAGGUAUGCUGAAGCAGUAGAGCAUUACACUGUUGCUUUAUCAAGCAAUGUUGAAUCACGCCCAUAUGCUGCAAUCUGCUUCUGUAACCGUGCUGCGGCACACCAAGCUUUGGGCCAAAUUGCUGAUGCAAUUGCAGAUUGCAGUCUAGCAAUCGCCCUAAAUGGAAGUUACAAAAAGGCACUUUCUAGAAGGGCCACUUUGCAUGGCAUUAUCAGAGACUUUAGACAGGCAGUUAGUGACCUUCAGAGACUGAUAUCCAUUCUGGAAAAUCAAUAUGAGGAAAAAGCAACACAAUCUGGCAGUAGCUCUACUGGCAGCAAUUCAAAAGAGUUGAGACAAGCUCGUAGUCAGUUAUCCUCAAUGCAAGAAGAAGCCAAAAGGGGAAUCUCCUUGGACUUUUACCUCAUUCUGGGAGUCAAACAAUCUGAUUCUACAUCUGAUAUUAAGAAGGCAUACCGCAAAGCAGCUCUUAGGCAUCACCCAGACAAGGCUGGUCAAUUCCUGGCAAGGAGUGAAAAUAGAGAUGAUGGCCAACUUUGGAAGGAAAUCAUGGAGGAGGUUCACAAGGAUGCUGACAGGCUUUUCAAAAUGAUUGGAGAGGCAUAUGCUGUACUUUCAGACACCACCAAGCGAUCAGAAUAUGAUCUUGAAGAGGAACUGAGAAAAGCUCCAAAAGAAAGCAAAAGCAGCAGCCCCGUACAUACUGCGUCAGAUGAGUAUGACUAUUACUUUGGGAGGAAGACAAGCAGAAGAAAUUGGCAUGGGAGUUGGAAUACAUCUGGACAUUCAUAUUCACGAUGGUAAGAGGGAUGGUGAAUGGCAAAGUACCAUUCAAGUUAUGUAUUUUGCAGAAAAGUUAUCUUCGCCGCAUAUGUGAAUGGAACAAGCGCCUUGGUUGUUGCCUUGGAAGUGAUUGGUUGAUCGGGUAAUUGACGCAGUUUCUGAAUGUAACCGCUAAGGGGUGGUUCCAGGCUGCGUUAUUUGAUCUAACAAGUUCAUGUUAAUAUUGCCAGUAUGCAAAUUGGGACAAUUUACGUGGUGAGUUUUAACCUUGAAAGAAAGUUGUGGCAGGGCAGCAAUUCUCCCAGCUAUUUCUUUUCAUGGGGGAAAGAAAGCGUUUGAUGCUCUGGUACUUUCUAAUUUUAUUUUCACGUGAAAAAUUGUGUUGGGAUGUAUCACAUUGAUUAAUAUGUUUCAUUCUUGUUCCCCCGUGUAUUGGGGAAUUCAUGAUGGCAAUAAAAUUGAGUUGUUGCGAGCUUUGCUGAGCAGAAGAAUUAAUGGUUGCAACAUGU